GAAGGAGCACAAGUGGAACACAAUUACUACUAGCAGCAAGCAGAAGAAAAGAAUGGCAGGUGAAGGAGAUCUGAAGCUGCUCGGCGGGGACGCGAGCCAGUUCGUGGCCCGCGUCCGCAUGGCGCUCAACAUCAAGGGCGUGUGCAGCUACGAGUACAUCGAGCAGGACCUCUUCAACAAGAGCGAGCUCCUCCUCGAGUCCAACCCGGUGCACAAGAAAGUGCCGGUGCUCAUCCACAACGGCAAGCCCAUCGCCGAGUCCCUGGCCAUCGUUCAGUACGUUGACGAGGUCUGGGACACUGCCGGCGCACCCAUCCUCCCCGCCGACCCCUACCAGCGCGCCGUCGCUCGUUUCUGGGCUGCGUACACAGACGACAAGCUGCUCCGUGCCUAUAUCGGCGUCAACGUAGCGGCGACAGAGGAGGAGAGAGCGGAGAAGGUUAAGGACACGGUUGCGGCAAUCAGUCAGCUGGAGGCGGUCCUGGCAGAUGGCGGGAAGGCCUUCUUCGCCGGCGACAGCGUCGGUUACCUGGACAUUGUCGUGGGAUGCCAUUUGUCCUGGCUCGAAGCCUUCAGCAAGAUGUACGGCGUGGUGUUGCUUGACGCGGCCAAGAGUCCAAUCUUCGCCGCGUGGGCGGCGAGGUUCGGGGAAACGGAAGCGGUGAAAGGGGUGGUGCCGGAGACAGACACAGUGGCGGAGUACGCCAAGAAGCGUCGGGCUGAAGCUCUCGCUGCAAAGCGAAAGAACUAGUGAUGGAGAAUGUUGGAUCGGUUGAAUCCCAUAUCUCGCGGCAAAGACAGCGACAGAGAUAUUUUCUUUGAAUAAUAAAGGUGCCUAAUUCUGUUUUGGUUGUACCAUCUACCCCUAUCUAUCCACAGUAUCUAUAUAUC